AUGGAUGCGAUCCUUUAUCAGAUCAUAAUCCGCGAGUUGACGGAUUUAAAUUGCACUUUGGUGGACGGCUUUCAAGAUACUUUGUGGGAACACGCGUCUCUGACACUCCCGAGCGCUGACGGUUUCUAUUGUAACGCCACCAAAGAUGAGAUUGGCACCUGCUGGCCAAGGAGCAGCUCCGGGAGAAUUGUUGGGAGACCCUGCCCUGCAGAUAUUAAUGGCGUCAAAUAUAACACCAAUAGGAGCGCAUACAGAGAAUGCAUGGAAAAUGGCACAUGGGCACUAAAGAGCAAUUAUUCAAACUGCGAGCCCAUCUUAGGGAAAAACGGAGUGUAUCCUGUGCAUUACGAGAUAGCACUGAUCAUCAACUACCUGGGCCACUGCAUCUCUGUGGGGGCACUGUUAGUGGCCUUCAUCCUCUUCAUGUGCUUAAGGAGCAUACGGUGUUUGCGGAACAUCAUUCACUGGAACUUGAUUACCACCUUCAUCCUGAGAAAUGUCAUGUGGUUUCUGCUGCAGCUCAUUGACCACAAUAUCCACGAGAGCAACGAGCCAUGGUGUCGUCUGAUGACCACCAUUUACAACUAUUUUGUGGUCACUAACUUCUUCUGGAUGUUCGUGGAGGGCUGCUACCUACACACGGUCAUUGUGAUGACCUUCUCCACAGAUAAACUGCGCAAGUGGGUUUUUCUCUGCAUCGGCUGGUGUAUUCCGUGUCCAAUAAUAAUAGCCUGGAGCAUUGGGAAGCUCUAUUAUGAAAAUGAAAAGUGCUGGUUUGGGACGGAGCCAGAAAAAUACAUUGACUACAUUUACCAAGGGCCUGUCAUACUUGUUUUACUGAUAAACUUUGUUUUCCUCUUCAAUAUCGUCCGAAUACUGAUGACCAAACUGAGAGCGUCAACCACCUCAGAAACCAUACAGUAUAGAAAAGCCGUGAAGGCAACACUGGUGCUGCUGCCUCUGCUGGGCAUCACCUACAUGCUCUUCUUUGUCAACCCAGGGGGGGACGACAUCUCGCAGAUCGUCUUCGUCUAUUUCAACUCCUUCCUGCAGUCUUUCCAAGGCUUCUUUGUGUCUGUCUUCUACUGUUUCCUUAACGGAGAGGUUCGCUCGGCGGUGAGGAAACGCUGGCACCGGUGGCAGGACAACCACGCCCUCCGGGUGCGGGUCGCACGGGCCAUGUCCAUUCCCACGUCUCCAACACGGGUCAGCUUCCACAGCAUUAAGCAUACCACCGCUGUGUGA